AUGCCUCUCUUCGGUCGUCGUGAACCCUCCCCUGAACCCAUCAGAGAAGAACCCCGCAAACACGGCCUCUUCUCCAGCAACAAACACACCGAACCCACCCCCGUCCGCAGCAGCACAACCUCCCGUCACAACCGCCACUCCCGCGGCUCCGCCUCAUCCCACGACCGCUACUCCUCCUCCUCAUCUCGUUCACCCAGCCGUCGUCGCAGCACAGGCGGUGGCUUCCUGUCUAAAUUCGGCAACAACCGCAAUGAACACGAUCCCGCCGUUCUCGAAGCCCGUGAGCGUGUGAGAAGCGCUGAGAUGGCUGAGCGAGAGGCGGAUCGUGCUCUUGAGGAGGCGAGACUUAGUGUGAGAGAUGCGAGAGAGCAUGUUAAGAGGCUUGAGGUGGAGGCAAAGGAGGAUUCGAGAAGGGCUAAGAUGAAGCAGAGUCAGGCUAAGGAGAUGUCCAAGAUGGGACGAAGCCUUGGACGCCAUGGACACUAA